AUGGGGGGCUUCGUCGGCGAGACAGGGUUCUCGAGACUCAUUUUACGCGCGGUCUCGCUUAUGUCUGCCGUUGGGGGCAUUGUCGCUGUCAGUGGCAUAGACUAUUAUGCCCAGCAGUUUUAUGACUAUCUUUUCCUUGGUUUAUGCGGGUUAUGGUCCUUGAUCAAUAUCGGGCUGUUGUUAUUCAAGCGUGCUUCACACCCUGGCUAUUGCAUCUUGUUCGACAUGUUGCUAGUCGCAGCAUCGGCAUUUCUCGUCACGGUCUCGGGCGUUGGAGCUGCUUUUAAAGGAUAUGAUUUGGUAGGACGCGGUAUUGCCGCGGUUGUAUUUGCGGCUGUUGAAUUGUAA